AAGAGAGCACAGGCAAACACUAUUAUAGCUUUCGUUCUCAUCCUCUCUCCUCAUUUCCAUUGGCUAUGCAGGUCAAGUCCGUUUCACCCACUGUACGCCUUCUAUAAUUCAGGGCGUUCUCCAACUUUUGUUCUCGUUUUUCUCAGUCACAUUUCUUACCGUCCAUUCUCAUAUAUACUCGCAAAGUUUUCUGUGUCUUUGGAUUCCAUUUCAACUGACAUCAUUAAAAUCGUCUAAUUUCCAUGGAUCCGGCUCUCUGAGAUUUCUGGAGAAUCACAUUUUUUGCUGAGAAAUGGCAGAAGCGGAGACGUCUAGCUCCAAAGGGCAAGCAUGGUUCUGCACUAAUGGACUGCCCAGCGACAUUAUUAUCGAAGUGGAUGACAUGAGCUUCCACCUUCACAAGUUUCCCCUAAUGGCAAAAAGUCGAAAGCUCCACCAGCAGAUAACUGAACAAGAAUCAAAUCAUCCCCCGUCAGCGAAGACCCAAGCAUCUGGCAUCGAAGAAGCGAAGGAAGAAGACGAAAUUGCAGAAGAACACUGUCAUAUAACAUUCACAGACUUCCCUGGCGGCUCCGAAGCCUUCGAGAUGGCUGCUAAAUUCUGCUACGGCGUCAAAAUCGAUUUGUCCGCAUCCAAUGUGGCUCCUCUCCGUUGUGCCGCGGAGUUCCUUGAAAUGACCGAAGAGUACUCUGAAGACAACCUCAUCUCCAAGACAGAAAGGUUCUUAUCACAGUCUGUGCUCAAGAACAUCAAGGACUCCAUUAAAGCCCUAAAAUCAAUCGAGAGCUUGAUGCCUCUGUCGGAGACUUUAGCCAUUCCACAGAGGUGUAUAGAUUCCGUUGUUUCCAGAGCGCCCUCGGCCAAUCCGGCUUUGUUUGGAUGGCCGGUUACUGACGCCGGAGCUAACGAUGCCACCACUCGGAGUUCCUUGUCGAAGCAGGUCUUGUGGAACGGAAUUGAGUCCAGAGGAAGAAGAAAGAGCGUCCCUAGAGGGGACUCUUGGUUUGAGGAUCUUGGGCUUCUGAGUUUGCCCCUGUUCAAACAAUUGAUUCAUGCCAUGAGAGGGGCAGAUUUGAGCCCAGAUAUAAUAGAAAGCUGCCUCAUGUACUAUGCGAAGAAACACAUUCCAGGUGCUUCAAGGUCGAGCAGAAGGCCAAUGACGACAUCGUCGUCGUCGUCGUCGUCCUCUUCUGUUGUUUCAAAGGCUGAACAGAAAGAGCUGCUGGAGUUUGUACUCUCCAAUCUGCCCCUGAAGAAGAGCUCCGGGUCCCCAACGGCAACAAGGUUUCUGUUCGGAUUAUUGAGAACGGCCAAUAUAUUGGACGUUUCCGAAGCAGGCAGAGAUGCAUUGGAGAAGAAGAUAGGAUCGCAGCUCGAAGAGGCCACACUAGACGAUCUUCUCAUACCGAGCUAUUCGUACCUUAAUGAAACGCUCUACGAUGUUGACUGUGUGGAAAGAAUUCUAGCCCAUUUCUUGGCCGGUUUAGAAGAAAGAAACGCUGCUGCAGUCGAUGGUGAUGGCGGUGUCACUAGGUCGCCGUCGCUGAUGGUUGUUGGGAAACUAAUCGACGGCUAUCUUUCUGAGAUAGCUUCCGACGCAAACCUCAAGCCCGAUAAGUUUUACAAUUUCGCCCUCUCUCUCCCCAGUCAAGCCAGGCUCUUCGACGAUGGUCUCUAUCGCGCCGUAGAUGUCUUUCUCAAGGCACAUCCACGGAUUUCGGAGGCAGAAAGGGAAAAUAUAUGCGGAGUACUGGACUGUCAGAAACUGACACUAGAAGCGUGCACUCACGCAGCACAGAACGAGAGACUUCCAUUACGAGCAGUGGUUCAAGUGCUGUUCUUCGAGCAGCUUCAGCUGAGACAUGCCAUCGCAGGGACCCUAAUGGCAGCAGAGGCGGCUUCAGAGCCAGGGAGGCCGUCGGCGGCGUUGCGAAGGGAAGAGGAGGGUGACGGAGAAAUAGUGGCAGGAGCGCAGGAUAGCAUCAACGCGUGGCGGGUGGCGGUGAGGGAGAAUCAGGUGCUACGCUUGGACAUGGAUAGCAUGAGGACGCGGGUGCAUCAGCUGGAACGCGAAUGUUCAUCAAUGAAGAAAGUGGUGGAGAAGAUUGACAAAUCGAGCCCUCAGCGUCAGCAAAGAAGCGGCUGGAGAAAGAAAUUUGGUUGCACAUUCAAAACGCAAGUCUGUGAUUCUCAUGAAUCAGCGGUCGCCGAUCGACGUCAAGGACGAUCCCAGCAACAGCAGCGUCGGGAUCACCCUCGUGGCGAGUAGGGCAGCCAAUCCCGUGGAGUCGGUCCGCAUGUGUGCCGCUAGAUCUCACUGUAAUUUGCCGCCACGUGUCUUCCUGAUGAAGCAUUGAUCAAUUUAAGAAAAGAAAAAGGCAAACAGGGGAAGGCCAAUUAUUAGGGUGAUUUGGUAAAUGUCGAAAUGAGGCGGCUUUGGAGGUGAUGUGGAUGGACAGAGCAUGAAGGAUACAAUUCGUGCCAUAGUGGGGACAUUAAAACGCAGGUUCUUUUUUUCAAGCUUUGGACGCUUUGUUGGUUGCCCAUAAUCAUUGCUUCCAAUGGAAGGUGCUUUUGCAGCUGAGGAUUAGAGUAGCCCCUAAAAGGCUCCUUCAUUCUCUCAGUGAGAGGCUGCUGCAGACAUGAUUCUUCCCUUCUCUUGUUGAGCAAAUCUGUUAUCCAAAUGUGGUGCUAUCUGUCAAACCUAUUAUUCUUUGACUUCGUUCUAUAAAUCUACCCGCCCAGCAAUAAUGAUGACGGAUGAAGAAUUUCAUGGACCAUAGGUUUGACUCGGGAGCGCCCUCUUUUGAGAGCAAGACUGUCUUUAUUUUUAUUAUUAUCACGGGGAGAAUUGAACUUUAGUGCGAGGAAAAGUAACGUUAACGUAGAAAAUGGAAACCUUCCCCUUCCUCUC